UGUGUUUUGUACGCUGUUGUGUCUGUUUAGAUUAUGAUGUUUUGUUUUUAUAAAGUAUCAUUUGUCUGUUUUAAUUCUCGAUAAUUAUUUGUCAUAUUAUAAUGUGUGUGAUAAAUGUGAAUAUAUUUAUGUUCCGCAAUAUUAUAUUCCACUUUCUAUGAGACAAUGGAAUUGGUAUUUUCAACGCUUUGAAGAAUCUGGUCAUAUGAUUGAGGAUGAUUGAGAGCGUGUCGCGGCGCGCCCUCGGGGGCUCCAGCGGGACGUACAACGUGCGAGCGUCGGAGCUGGCGCGUGACAGACUAAAGACACUCAGCGCGACUGUCGUGUUCCUGGACGACACGCAGCACUGCUUCCAACUAGAGAAAAGAGCCAAGGGGCAAGUCUUGCUGGAGUCUGUCUUUCAACAUCUGGAGCUGAUAGAGAAAGAUUAUUUUGGACUGCAAUUCUCUGAAACCGGAGUUCUUCCUAACCCACCUAAUUCUGAUCUCAUGCGCUGGCUAGACCCUGUGAAACCAGUCAAAAAGCAGUUAAGAGGCAAUGGAAACCUGUAUUUCUGUGUCAAGUUCUACGUGUCAGACCCCAGCAAGCUGCAGGAGGAGUACACUAGGUACCACUUCUAUCUACAGAUACGCAAGGACAUUAUGACAGGUCGUCUGCUACUACCUCCCAGCACUGCUUGUCUACUGGCCAGCUACACUGUGCAGUCUGAGCUGGGAGACUACAAUCCCGAGGAGCAUGGACCGAGGUAUCUGUCUGGUCUACAGCUGGUCCCCAACCAGACUGACGAGAUGGAGAAGAAGAUUGCCGAGCUCCACAAACUACACAAGGGCCAGACACCAGCUGAUGCGGAGUUUAACUUCCUAGAUCACGCCAAGCGUCUGGAGAUGUAUGGAGUAGACCUUCACAAAGCCAGGGAUGUGGGAGGCAAGGAGCUGCAACUGGGGGUGACCUCAAUGGGGCUAGUCGUGUUCCAGAACGGAGUCAGGAUCAACAUUUUCUCCUGGGGGAAAAUCGUCAAGAUAUCCUUCAAGAGGAAACAGUUCUUCAUUCAGCUGCGGAGGGAACAGAGUGAAAACUACGACACGUUGCUGGGGUUCAACGUGGUGACGUAUCGCUCGUGCAAGAACUUGUGGAAGUCUUGUGUCGAGCAUCACACGUUCUUCCGACUGCACUCUCCGCAGACCUCGCGCGGACGACGCUUCCUCUCACUUGGGUCAAAGUUCUCCUACUCGGGUCGCACUCAGUGUCAGACGCUGGAGGACUCGCGUAGCUCGCAGCGCACGGUCGACCGAACUUUCAUACGCAGCCCUACUAAGCGGGUGAUACGUCAAACGGUGCCACAGCCUGGUGGGUUGAAGGCUAGUGGGGGGCCGUCACUGCGACCUUCGCGACCACACGACCACAAGGUGACCAGUGUGGGUGCCCGGGAACCUCGCCUAGCCUGGGGAGAACAGAACACACACAUCUCUGAUGAGGAGGGAGGGUUUCUCGAGAGAGUGGACGAGCCUCAUGCAGCGUUCACUCCGGGAAUGCCAGCUCGCACCAUCACCUACGCAGACGACGAGACUGAUAGUGAUAGACUGUUUGAAACCCCCUUGUAUGGAGAACAACUACCUCCUGUACAGACGGAAGAAGGGCUAGUGUCCAUCAGGAUGAGGCCGGAUGAGCAAGGCAGGUUCGGGUUCAAUGUGAAGGGUGGAAGUGAUCUGAACAUGCCUAUCCUAGUGUCCAGGGUGGCUCCUAACACUCCAGCGGACACUUGCUACCCCAAACUGAGCGAAGGGGACCAGGUGCUUCUAAUCAACGGGGUGGAUGUGGGUCACAUGCAGCAUGACCAGGUAGUGAAUCUGAUAAGAGCUGCCAGAGACUCCAGGAUGGGCGAACUCAUACUCACAGUCAGACCUAAUGCUGUGUACGAAGCAGAUAACCUGGAGGAGGAGCCGGCAUAUCAGUAUGUGCCAGACACAGACACACCACACCCCAUCACUUUAGGCAGCGACGCCCUCGGACAGUCCAUGCUGCUGCUGGCCGACGGACUGGCUAGCGGGGCGCUGCUACAACAGUUCGACAAACUGUACCGCAAGAAACCUGGCAUGUCCACCGCAGACGCCAAGCGUGCCGAGAACCAAGUAAAAAACAGAUACAGAGACAUAUCACCAUAUGACGUGACAAGAGUGAUCCUUGCAGGAGGCAGUGGCGGGGACUACAUCAACGCCAACUACGUCAACAUGGAGAUCCCAGGCAGCGGCAUCAUCAACAGAUACAUCGCUACCCAGGGUCCACUGAGUACUACAGUGAGAGACUUCUGGCAGAUGGUGGUAGAGCAAGGCAGUACUCUGGUGGUGAUGGUCACUACACUGGUAGAGAGAGGCCGCACCAAGUGUCACAAAUACUGGCCAUCACUCAGUGAGACCAUGGAGCUGGCUCCCGGCCUACAGCUCAGCUGUGGCAAGGAGGAGGCCGACGCUACAGGCAGCUUUGUCAUCAGAGAGUUCCUCCUGAGAGACCUACAGACGGGGGAGGAAAGAGACGUGACACACAUGCAGUAUCUGUGCUGGCCAGACCACGGGGUCCCAGAUAGUCUGGGAGGAUUCCUGGUGUUUGUCGGCGCAGUGCGUCGGUGCCGCGCCGGUAUGGUGGAGCCAGCCAUCGUCCACUGCUCUGCUGGCAUCGGCCGCACCGGAGUCCUCAUACUAGCGGAGACGGCGCUGUGCCUCAUAGAAGCCAACCAGCCUGUAUACCCUCUGGACAUAGUACGUCAGAUGAGGGAUCAGCGAGCCAUGAUGAUACAAACACCGAGUCAGUAUCGGUUUGUGUGCAGUUGUGUACAUCACGCCUACACAGAAGGGCUUGUCAAGCCUUUGCCCGAGUUCAGCUCCCGAUAAACUCAUUAGUGCCUUACCCUCCCGGUCCAACUGGCUGCAAGUGCCUGGCUAUACGUUCAUUACUCGCUUCUCUCAAACUUGGUAACCCGUGUCUUUUAAGUGAUUUAAAAAAUUCAAUGUUAACGGAACAGGAAACAGUGGCCGUCCUUUGGAAGCGGAUCCGUCCGGUGUGUAAGGCACUUGAAGAAUAGCUCUGAUUUGUUUGGGUGCUUUAAAUUAUCGUUUACAAAUUAUGUGUCUCUCUAGUCAUGUGUUCAGAGCUGUUUUGUCAUUUGUUUUAUCGCCCGCAUCAAGUUUGUCACAAAUUGUAAAGAGCCAGUUGGGCCCGGCGUCCCCCUCUCAUCGACCUGUGAGUACAAGACUCGUCUGUCCAGUGAACCAUCCAUGUCAUCAUCCGUCGUGGUUUAGAUUAUUUACAAUUUUACUCGUGUGUAGUCUAUCCGGAAUGUUGUCAAGUAAAUUUUAGCUUUUUAAGAUUUUAACCGUUCGUGUUUAACAUCGGAUAUUUUAGUACGGAAACCCACCCUUGGUCAUUGUAACCGUUUUUUAUGACCUAAGUAUUUUUCUCUGUCGCAUGUUUUAACCACACUACUCGUAAUCAGUUAACAACUGCGGGUCGGUUUCCACAUAGUAGAACUGCCAUGUAGGAUAGUGACUAGUAUUUUUUCUAGAAGUAUUUCGUGUUUUUAUACCCGUGAACCUCACAAAACCCAAGGCACAAUGUUGUUCUAAAGAAUGGAUCUGAUCGGUAAUACAAAUGUGGCAUUUGUUUUGGUUAAAUACUAACAAUAAAUAUUAAAAUACGUUGUUCACCUUAUUAACAUCAGACUAUACAUCAUAUCAGUUACGCCCGUGCCUUGGUGGUCAGUAGUCACUGGAUCAUAUUCUUUAUGUCAGUUUGUAUGAAACGGAUUGAUUUCUUGUACAGAACAUCACUCGAUAUAUUGUUGUUACCUGUUACAUUCAUGCUCUCUUUGAGUUUUUAUUCUUAUUUCCCUAAUUUAUUAAAAUAUAAUUUUUUGUUUUCUCUGACUAGCAAGAGAGCUGCAUCAAUUAUCUUUGUAAUGGGUCAACGAUUUUUUCACACAACCUCUAUUCCUCUUUUUCAAACCUGUGUUUCUAAUACAGUACUUGACCAUGUUCCUACGUAUACAGUAUUGUAAUGCCACAGGCAACGAAGAAUGUAGAACACAGAGGUAAAAGAAAUGUUGCUGAAGCAGAACAAAUAGACCUAUAAAGGAAAAAUGUGAAAACCUUGGAGCAUAAGCUUUUGACAUUUUUAUGAAAAGAGGUCUCAACAUUUUUGUCGGGACACUGAACCUUGAUCCCACCAAAUUUUGAUGGAAAAUAUUUUCAUUCACUUUUUAUUUUGAUAUUUUAACAUCUUUUUACUCUUCCUCUAAAAAAGUAAAGCUGGGUAAAUGAUUCUUACUAUCUUUUCUGUAACGCUGUGUUUAUAUUGAACUCGUCGAGAGCAUGAAUUAUACAGGUCGGAUAGUGAUUACCCUGUAAAUUAUAUUUUAAUUUUUAUGUGCCAUCAGGUUUGGGUGUACAUGUAACAUUUUUGUUUGUUUUGUAUAGAUAUUUAAUAUAUUAUAUAUUUAUUUUCUGUAAUUUUAAUUGCUUUUUGUUGAAAGUAUACCCUGUAAAAGAAAACUAAUGUCAAAUGAUUGUGAUUAAUUUUAUGUAGUAAUUAAGUUAGUAACAAAUUGUGUGAAAUGUUUAUGUAUUUUAGCGGAACCAUCCUGUAUGGUGUAUUAUUUAAUUGUAUUUUACCAAUCAUGAAUAUAGAUCUCAUAUUUCAGAAGAGUUAUUUAUAACUUCUGUUGUAUUAUUUUUGUAAUAGUUGAAACAAACUGUAUUUCAUCUGCAACCAGAUUGAAUCUUUUGGUUGUAUAUUUAUAUAAUUCUCUUUAGUUUUCACUAUCGACUUUAAUAUGAGAAUAAACAAACUGUGAUUAUAUAAAGUGAACAAUUCUCACAUAACGAAAUAUAAUAAAAGUUGUUAAGAGUACCAAUUUUAAUGUAUCUUUUAAAACAAAAAAAAAGUUAUUUGGUUGCCAAGCCGGCAGCUUCAAUUAGGGUUGCAUCCCGGUACUAGACCAAAACUUAAUAUAAAACUAAGUAUACUGUAGAACAAAUUUGUAUUAAUUAUUCAUUAUGUAUAUAAGUGGCAGCUUUACACACAAGUCUCAAGAUUUCCUGGAUGUCAAAAAUAUAGUUUUUAUAAGAUAGUAAAAUACCUAUGUCAAUUACAUAAAUAGGCUAUGACUUUUUUAAAAAGUAAUUUCAUUAGUUCAACUCUCACUCCUAUAUGAAUAAUUUUAAGUUUUUCUAGUGGAGGUCAUAGCUUGAAGUUUCGAUUCUUGAUUCUGAAUUUAAUAAAACCCCAAAUCUUGAAUCCAAGAACAAUUUUUAUAGGCCUAAUUCAUCUAGAAUACUAAAUUAUUCUGCCAAAAGAUAUUCAUAAUAUUUUUGAAAUUUUUCAAUCAAUUCUAAAAAUAAACAAAGAUUUUGGGACUGUCAUUCCUGUUUGAAUUCCACUACUGAAAGAACAACCAAAAGAACUUAUCAUGCUCAACUGCACAGGUUGUGGUGGUGCCGGAUAACAAAAUAAUAAAGUAAGUGGGUAUAACUACUUUAAUACUUUAAUCUGAAAUGACGACCAUAAAAAUGUAGGCAUUUUUAAGCCAAGUGAAUGGAGAUGAGUAGGAUGAGUGGCGCGAUCUUGUAGUCUUGUUAGUGACUAAGGCUGACGUGUUCCUUAGACACAGCUGUUAAUUAAUAGCCCAUACAGCUAAUGACAAGUAAGGGACCUACAGUUUAUAGUGGAAUCCGAACCACAUUUUUGCCUUGUAGUUAAUGAAUUGGUCUAAUUAUCAGGAUAGUACUGCAGAUAGUCGUAGUACUCACUAGUGUGGACGCUAAACCUCACCAGGGAGUAUCGCAUCCACAGUGCAUGCAUAUAAAUAUCCACAAUUCGUGACCUAGUAGCUGGAGUACAGGACGUCACCGCCGUCCCAGUCUAACUAAAUUUUAUAGUUAAUUUCUAAAUCCAAUAGAUUGAAUAUUAACUUUUUUUGGAUCCAAGAUUGGGUUUUAAAACAUCACAAAUCUAAGUAUUUGUGAAAUAAAGGAAUAUGACUGGCCUUGGUUGCAGAAUCAAAUAUUACCAUAUUAAAAAUAUUGGUUCAAUGCUUAUAUUUCUCUCAGCAAAUAACAAUCUAACACAAAUAAAAGUCACAAUUUUGAUGAGACAUUCACAAUAUGCUGUAGUUUUAUAAUUUCAUUGUUGCGUAACGGGUACAUUAGUUUUCUUAAUAUUGUCUUCUGUCUUCCCACGUUUGAAACCUGAUUUUCUUAGGUUUAUUUUAAGCUGUGUUUAUUGUUAUUGGAGUUUUUGAGAAAUUUUUUUAGCCUCUUAAUAGCAGCUGUUAAUAAAAUUUUAAACUCUUUUUGUGAAACUCCGUUGUAAACGUUGUUUUUAGACUUUGUGUUGUUCAACAAAUAAAAUAAUGUUAACCUUAAAUGUUUACAAUAGGCCUACUGUUUGAUCCGUUGUUGAUUUCUUGUAAAAAAAAAACAUCAAUCUGAAAAACUGUUGACAAAAAUUGGCGUUCUUUGGAUUGUUGUAAACAUUGGUUAGGUUGGAAACUUUUUAAACUCCAAUGCAAACGCAGUUAUAUUUUUAAUUAAGCCCCAAAUACAAAAACAUGAGCUUUAACUUACUUUUAGCUUGCUUUCUAUAUUAAUUCAUUUUCUGUUUUAAGUGUUCACAGAAAACAAUGACACACAUAGAGAAUAUCUAACAUUUGUUUAGCUUAAGAAUUAUAAUACCUAGUAUUUUGCACUUAACUGUUUUCCUUCAAGCCGAGCAUGCAUUCUUCGACAGUUGAAACUGUGUUGGAUUUUGUAUUUUAUGGUCCUUUGAUAGAAUGUGAGACAAUAUGGAGAAAAAAAUAAAAGACUUAUUCUAAAA